AUGGCUAAAUGUGUUAUUCAGGCUAAUGCGCUCACAUGUUCAUCAACAAAUGUUUCCAUUUGUCUUGGAUGCCGAAACGGAAAACAGGAAUGUGAGGACGAAGGGGUCGUUUCGUCAAAAGCCUCCGGUUCCAAAACUGAUGGGAAGGCCCAGCGCUGCAGAGUGACAGCUACACGGAAACAGAAAUAG